GCCGCCGAGCCCCCUGGCCGGCGGGGACCCUCCCGCUCCUGGAGAGGCAGCCCUGCCCAGCCCCUCGGCUGCUCAACUUGGAGGGCUCCUGCAACGGGCCCCGGCCGCCUUCUGGUUUUUCCGUGCGCCCCUCCCCGCGGGGCCCCGUCACCCCGAUGGAUGCCAUCCUGGUCGUCUGGGCGUGUGUGAGCGCAGCCAGGGCAGUGGUAGGCAUUGGAAUGGAUCCUGACUUACAAAUUGAUGUUAUCACUGAGCUAGACCUCGUGAAUACCACCAUUGGAGUUACUCAGGUCUCCGGACUACACAAUGCUAGCAAAGCAUUUUUAUUUCAAGAUCUAGAAAGAGAGAUCCACGCAGCCCCCCAUGUGAGCGAGAAGUUAAUUCAGCUGUUUCGGAAUAAGAGUGAAUUCACUUUCCUGGCUUCCGUAAAACAGAAGCUGUCAACAUCAGGAGUCCUUCUGUCCAUCCGAGAGCUGGAACACAGCUAUUUUGAACUGGAGAGCAGCGGUCUGAGGGACGAGAUAAGAUACCACUAUAGAUUUAAUGGAAAAUCAAGAACGGAGGCAUUUCCAUACCGGAUGGCAGAUGGACAGUGGCACAAGAUUGCCCUGUCAGUUAGUGCAUCUCAUCUUUUGCUCCACGUGGAUUGCAACAGGAUUUAUGAACGAGUGAUAGACCCCCCAGAAACGAAUCUCACACCAGGCAGCAGUUUGUGGCUUGGGCAGCGAAACCGAAAACACGGUCUUUUUAAGGGUAUCAUUCAAGAUGUGAAAAUCAUCUUUAUGCCUAAUGGAUAUAUAACACAAUGCCCUAACCUGAAUCGCACAUGUCCAACCUGCAGUGAUUUCUUAAGCCUGGUGCAAGGAAUAAUGGAUUUGCAAGAGCUUUUGGCCAAAAUGACUGCAAAACUAAAUUAUGCAGAGACGAGACUCAGUCAAUUGGAAAGUUGUCAUUGUGAGAAGACCUGUCAAGUAAAUGGACUGAUAUAUCGAGACAAAGACUCAUGGGUAGAAGAUGAUCACUGCAGGAAUUGCACAUGCAAAAGUGGAGUGGUGGAAUGCAGGAGAAUGGCUUGUCCCCCUCUCAGUUGCUCUCCUGACUUCCUUCCUGUGCACAUCGGAGGCCAAUGCUGUAAAGCCUGCAGACCUAAAUGUAUCUAUGGAGGAAAAGUACUAGCAGAAGGCCAGCGGAUUUUAACUAAGAGCUGUCGGGAAUGCCAGAGUGGAGUUUUAGUUAAAGUCACAGAAAUGUGUCCUCCUCUGAACUGCUCAGAAAAAGAUCAUAUCCUUCCAGAGAACCAAUGCUGUAGUGUUUGCAGAGGCCAUAAUUUUUGUGCCGAGGGACAUAGAUGUGGUGAAAAUUCCGAGUGCAAAAACUGGAACUCCAAAGCGACUUGUGAAUGCAAGAACGGUUAUGUCUCUGUCCAGGGAGACUCCACCUAUUGUGAAGAUAUUGAUGAGUGUGCUGCUAAGAUGCAUUAUUGUCAUGCCAAUACAGUGUGUGUAAACCUGCCUGGAUUGUAUCGCUGUGACUGUGUCCCAGGAUAUAUCCGCGUGGAUGAUUUCUCAUGUACAGAACAUGAUGAAUGUGGUAGUGGACAGCAUGACUGUGAUAGGAAUGCAAUCUGCACUAAUACUGUCAGGGGACAUAGUUGCACCUGCAAACCCGGAUAUGUGGGGAAUGGGACCAUCUGCCGAGCAUUCUGUGAAGAAGGAUGCAAGUAUGGUGGAACAUGUGUGAGCCCUAACAAGUGUCUCUGCCCAUCUGGAUUCACGGGAAGCCACUGUGAAAAAGAUAUUGAUGAAUGUGAGGAAGGAAUCAUUGAGUGUCACAACCACUCGCGCUGCGUUAACCUACCAGGGUGGUACCACUGUGAGUGCAGAAGCGGUUUCCAUGACAAUGGGACCUACUCAGUUUCCGGGGAGUCCUGUAUUGACAUCGAUGAAUGUGCCUUAAGAACUCAUACCUGUUGGAAUGAUUCAGCUUGUGUGAACUUGGCAGGUGGCUUUGACUGCCUUUGUCCAUCAGGACCAUCUUGUACUGGUGACUGCCCUCAUGAAGGUGGCUUAAAGAGGAAUGGUCAGGUAUGGAUGCUGAAAGAAGACAGGUGUUCUGUUUGUUCCUGUAAGGACGGGAAGAUAUUCUGCCGCAGGACAGCUUGUGAUUGUCAGAACCCAAGUGUUGAUCUCUUCUGUUGCCCGGAAUGCGACACCAGAGUCACUAGUCAAUGCUUAGACCAGAACGGACAUAAACUCUAUCGGAGUGGAGACAAUUGGACUUAUAGCUGUCAACAGUGCCGCUGUCUGGAAGGGGAAGUGGACUGCUGGCCCCUCAGCUGCCCAGAUUUGAGCUGUGAAUACACAGCCAUUUCAGAAGGGGAGUGCUGCCCUCACUGUGUCAGCGACCCCUGCCUGGCUGAGAACAUCGCCUACGAUAUCCGAAAAACUUGUCUAGAUACCUAUGGUAUUACCCGGCUCAGUGGCUCCAUAUGGACAAUGGCGGGAUCUCCCUGUACCACCUGCAAGUGCAAGAAUGGAAGCGUAUGCUGUUCUGUGGAUUUAGAGUGUCUUCACAAUAACUGAAGUACUAAGCAUGGACUCUUCCGUGUGAGGAAAACUGGCGGUGAUCAUCCAAAAUGAAGAGCACGAUUUGGUGUUUUAUAUGACAAUUACCAAAGUCUCCAUAAAAGGAAGAUGUUUGGGAGUUGCCUAAGUGACCUGCCGCUACACUCAUCCUUGAUAGCCUUGUCUAGGUGAUGACAAAGUGCAACGCAUAUAAUGUAUGGUUUAAAAAAAAGUUUUCAGUGUUGUAAAUCACAUCCUUUCCCUGUCAACUCAUUUGCUAACAUGUUUAAAUUCUUUCAUGGUAAACUUCGAUGUAUUUUUGGUUUACUUUGUGUACUAACAUGAUAGAAACUCAGUUUCUUUUAUUUUUGGAUCUAGAUUCUACAAAUAAAGUUGCUUGUUGUGAUUUUGUCCUAAACACAGCAUACUGAGUUCUGAAAUCCCUGUCAGAUGUAUUUAUGAAAAUAUGUAUGUAUGUACAGUCAGACUGGGAAGUACUUAUAUUUCAUAGUUUUCAGGCAUUUGAAGACAUUCUAAUGUCCAUUUGACCUGGGCAGGCCAGAAGGUAAUCAAAUUGAAAUACAGCUUAAAAAAUUGGCCAAAAGGGUAAUAAAUUGGGAAAACUCACUCCUCCUUUCCUUUCCCCUACUCUUUUCCAAUCAUAUCAGUAUGCGAUGUUAAAACACUUUUCUAUCUCCAUUCUACCUAGUUACAUCACAGAAGAAAAAUAUCACACAUUCAAGUUAGGGUUAGCAAAAAUGUGUUCCGUUUUGAGAAAGGACCCGCAACUGUUAGAUGUGAGUGUGUUGGUAAAAUAAAGCGAAUAGAAGGAGUUCAA